ACACCACGACUCAUUAAAAAAAGAAAGAAAAUCAGACAAAUUAGACAAAAACUAAAUUAGAUAAAAAAAAAAACACUCCCUUUUGACACUCACACUUCUUUCCCUUUCCAGCUAAGAUUCGAAAGGGAAGCAAAAUCCUCACCUUUUCGACCAGCUUUCCACAUGAGCUCAGGAUCGGGGGAUGAAAAUGACAGCCCAAGGGAAGGAACCCAAAACCGGAGCAACUCUCCAGAGAUCAACCAGUACGUGGAGAGCCUCUUCUUCUCCAUGGUCAAUCCGCAAAGAGACAAAAUCGCCCCCAUAGAAGGAGAGAGGAAGGAUGGAAACGGCGUGUAUGUCAUUGGGAAUAGGAAACACGAUAGAAAUCCUUCCUUCGAGGAACUGGGGGAAGUUAAGCCUCGGAUUAUUUUGACGUCGGCGCGGGAGGAGGAAGGAAAGGGAGGGAAGAUGGCUGAGCUCUCCGUGGAAGAGUUUAUGGGCGAGGAAAAGGUGUUCGAGCCGCUGAGACCGAUGGUUCACCCUCAUCGUCAUCAUCAUCUGCAGUAUCCACAGUCUCAGCGUUUCGUUCAAGAAAGCGGGAUGUCUCUGGCGGGGUCGAGGAAGGGGUCCCUCAACAGUCUCUAUCCGGAAGUGUCUGAGAUUCUGACAAGACAGGAAAAUGGCCGCGGGGUGACCUCGUAUGACCUGAUAUCAAGGACGCUACACCAGCUGGCCCGCGAUGGCAACAGCGACCUGCUGGCGUCGGCCCUGGAGCGCCUCGGGGAGCAGGUCCGGCGCCGCAUCAACACCCUGGACGCGGACAAGCUGGCGCCCUUGCACUACGCCGCCCGCUACGCACACACUGGCACGGUCAGGACGCUCAUCAACGCCGGCGCCCACGUCAAUAUUAAGGGCCAGGAUAAACUGACGCCCUUGCAUUUCGCCGCCAGAUACCGGAAACAGAUCAAAUCCGCCAAGAGGAGGUCUCCGUUGCCUCCUGUUGUCAACGAAGAGGAAGAGGAAGACAAGGAAGACGGGGACGACGAACUGGAGCCCGAGGACAAGGCCGUCCUGACGCAGACUUCGGCGAACGGCUUUGGUGUCGGCGCCCUCCCCGAGGACUCCGUCGUUCGAAUCCUAGUAGAAUGCGGAGCCGAAAUCAACGCCAGGGACAUCUACGACCAGACGCCUCUCCACUUCGCCGCUAUGAGAGGGAACGACCCGUCUGCGAGGGACCUUCUGACAUGCCCGCAAGUCGACAUCGAGGCCAAAGACAAGCAGAUGAUGACUCCUCUGUUCGUCGCCUGUUCCUACGGGUACGUGGACAUCGCCCGCCGUCUGGUGGAUGCUGGGGCCGUUCCUUUGGCCAAGGACGAAACUCUACAGACGCCCCUCCACCGCGCUGCCAUGGAGGGCCACUUGGAAAUUGUAGACCUCCUGUUAACGGCGGCAUCGACUCACAAUGACGAGGGAUGGAUGUUGAAGACGAUGGUGGAGUUACGUGACGCCGAGGAGCAGACGCCGUUACAUCUGGCGGUGCAGAAUGGCCACUUAAGGGUGGCCGAGCGGCUCCUCGAAGCGGGCGCUGAAGUCGACGCCGUUCGGGACAAUUUGGCGACGCCCCUCCAUGCCGCCGCUGCUGUGGGGGACAUCGAUCUCAUCCAGCUCCUGUUGAAUAAUAAUGCUCGACUGGACAGCGUCGACGGGAACCAGCAGACAGCCUUACAUCGCGCAGCAGCAAAUGAUCAGUCAGAUGCCAUAAUAGCUCUUCUUGAGGCCGGAGCGAAGCUGGAACGGAGAGAUAAGGACUCCUUCACUCCUCUCCUAGUAGCUGCUUGCUCUGGUCAUGCCAAGGCUAUCAGCACGUUGCUCGAACAUGGUGCUGAUGUGUCCGCCCUCGACAAAGAUGACAGGACGGCUAUAUUUUGGUGCGCUGAUCAAGGCUUUGAGGAAGCUCUUAGGGUUAUACUACCAGCAGCUGAAAGUGAAGACCUCAUAGAUGUUAGCGACAGGUUUGAUGAUUCUCCCCUACACGAGGCAGCUAAAUCGGGUCAUGUUGCUAUAGUUAGGAUGCUCCUUGAUGCUGGUUCUCAGAUUGAUAAUAAGAAUGAGGAUGGGGAGACAGCACUUCAUGUGGCAGCUGAAAAUGGCCAAACCAAGGUAGUCCGAGAACUCGUACGACGACAUAAACUCCUUAUUCCUGAUGAAAAUGAGGAGUCCAACACACCACUUCAUUUAGCAUGUCUGGAAGGUCAUGCUGAUGUUGUGAAGGUCCUGUUAGAGCAUGGUGCAGAGGUUGAGGCAAGGAACACGUCACUCUGGACACCUCUUGAUUGUGCAUCUGCCAAGGGACAUGUUUACUGCGUCCACUUGUUGUUGGACUAUGAUGCACCGCUGGAUCCCCUAGAUAAGACAAAAACAACACCUCUCCAGCUUGCAGCAAGAGAAGGGCAUGUAGCGGUAACAAAAUUAUUACUGGAACGAGGAGCUUCACUCUCUGCCUGUGAUUCAAAUGGGAGAAAUGCCUUAGAACAAGCUAUAGCUGCAGGAAGGAGGGAUGUCUGUAUGGCCAUUAUUAAGUCAUCAGAGUGGGAGACUGGAAUGAGGAAUGUGCGGUUGGACAAGAAGAACCGACGAAUAACGCCAAUGAGAAUGCUGAUUAGGAAAUUUCCUGAUGUUGCUGAAGCUGUACUAGAUAAGUGUACAGCAACCAAUGGUCUGGAAUCGGAUGACAAGGAGUUCGAAGUCAAUUUCAACUUUGAACUCAUUGAUGACUCGUACACACUUCCAUACAAUGACGUAACCUCCAUUGCCUCGUCGGUCUCCUUGGAAUCCCCGUUCGACGAGGAUGGUGUACUCCUUGAUGCGGCAGAACCAUACACCAGUGAGGCUCGAGAACUCAAAGAGAAUCACCCUCUUAUGUUGAUGGUGAAGUACAAACGUCUAAAUCUCCUUUCCCAUCCUGUGUCCAUUACGUUAGUCAAGCAUAAGUGGAUGAGUUAUGGAAGGGUGGUUUACUACUCUGCUCUCUUGUUCUACUUGGUAUUCCUCACUUUCCUCACUGGAUAUAUCCUGACUGCCAGGAACUGGACAUGGGUUGCUAGCCAGCUGAAUACGAGUAAGAUCGACAGUAUUAUGCUUAGUGAAAUAAAGGAAAAGGAUAGUUGUGCGGAUAUUGAAAAUAAUGUUGACAUGAACCGAAGUGUAUUCGUGGUGUCUGGAAAAUGGGUGAUCAUUAUAAUGGCAGUAAUAAACAUAAUGCGAGAAAUGUUCCAGUUUUACCAGGCUCGACUGAACUACUUAGGCUUGGAGAAUCUUUUGGAAUGGUGCUGUUACGUUACUGCUGUGGUACUUGUUUGGGACUUCAAUGACUGUGCAGUGAGGCAGGACUGGCAGUGGCAGGUUGGAGCAGCCUCUCUCUUCCUUGGCUGGAUGAACUUGCUCCUCUUCAUCCGAAAACUCCCCUUCCUCGGCAUCUUUGUCGUCAUGUUUACUGAUGUCUUCGCAACGUUCCUCAAGUUCUCUGUGGUCUUCUUCUUAUUCAUUGUUGCUUUUGCACUCAGUUUCUACACUGUAUUAAAUGAUCAGAAAUCCUUUGAGUCACCAGGAGACUCCCUUAUCAAGACCACGGUAAUGAUGAUUGGAGAAUUUGAAUUUGACAGCAUAUUCCACGAAAACGAACUAGAGUAUCCAGAGAUCACAUACAUCUUAUUUGUGUGCUUGCUCAUCCUGUUGUCAAUUAUCAUCAUGAAUCUGUUGGUUGGUCUUGCUGUCGAUGAUAUUAAGGCUGUACAAGAUCAAGCAAUUCUCAAAAGGCUUGCUAUGCAGACUCAGCUGGUAUUUGAUGUGGAAGUCCUGAUACCGGAAGCCCUAAGGCGAAUGUACAUUGUUGCGAAAAAGUCUGUCCACCCGAAUGCUCGACACGGAGUUUGUUCACGGAUGUUCGGAGAUUUCCAGAUCAUUAAUAGCUUUGAGUUCAUAGAAGGGGAACAGAUGAACGAACACGAGAUCAUGCGUCGGGACAUGACACAGAUGAUGACUGAUAUGCGGGAACUCAAGUCGCAGAACCAGCGCCUCCACUCGAUCCUCGUGGCUCUACUCCAUUUCCGUGAUCGUGAGGACCAGGAAGAAGCUCCCGUACAACCUGAUAUUGCAAAAUACUUAUGGUAGAGAAGUUGAUUUUUAGGUGUGGGUCGGAUGCUUGGAUAAAUUGCAUUUUUCUGGAUUUUAUCAUGGUUUAGAUUGAUUUUAUAUUAAAUUUAUUUUAUUUUAAAUAUGUGUGGAAUUUUAUUUUUAUCUUAUGAGAUUUAUCAUAUAUAUAUACAUAUAUAUGAGUGUUAUUUGUUAAUUUUGAAUUAUCAUUUGUAUUGUGGACAAGUGUAUCACUAUGUCUUUGGUAGUUCUAUAAUAUUAAAUAUGAUUGCAUCUGCAAUAUUCUCAAAAUUAAACCUAACAGAAUGAAUUUAAUGUUAUGUAUUGAUAAUAUGGCAGCAUUAAUUAAAGGGUAUUGAAGUAAUAAAGCUUGAUGGUUGGUCUGUAAAUGCCUCAACUUAUUUCAUCUCUCUGUACUUAAGAAUCAAUGCAAAUUAUAUUUAGUUUUAGACAACGCCUUGUAAUUUACCUGUGUUUUAUAAGUAGAGGUCUACAUCUAUAUUUUAGACUCAUAUUGAAGAUUAUAUGUGAAAUUGAUAUUGAUGAAUAGCAGCUUUGAUCUAACUUUCUGAAUUGUUUGUUAAUCUUUGUGUUGCACUUAGCUACAUUGACAUUAUCAUCUUGUAGGAACUUGAAAAUGUUUUUAUUUGAUUGAUAUUUUCUGAUAUGAAUAUUUAAAGUUGACUUCUUGAUUAGAAAUGAAUGUGAAUAUCAUUGGUGUUUAGCCCAGUAGUGACUAAUAAAAUUUUUGAUUGUUUGGUGAGGACGGAUGUACAUUAGUCAUCUAUGUUUGGGCAGUUGUCCAGUUCACAGUCCAUUACAUGAGAUCUCAUCAUGGUGAUUGGAAUACAGACUUGUGAAGUGGUAAAAUGUCAUCUGAAAGCUGUGAUUAUUCGUCGGGAUGUGAAAGCAUGUCAUCCAUUGCUGAUAGGUUACUUUAAGCAAACCCACUGAUCUUACCAUAGAGGAUAAUUAGAUGUACUGAUAGUGAGUACAAAAGAUAUACAGUAGUUCAUUAAUUACUAUGCUAAAGUUUUUGAAAGGAAAAAAAGACAUCAGUUCUAGCUUAUACUGUAAAAAGAGUUCUUUUAAAAGGUAAGAACUGACCAGUCUCUAUAGAUGAUUAAAAUGGGAAAAACUGAUUCAGUAAUUGGUGCCACCAGCUAAGUUUCACUAACCCCAUCCUCCAGUUAGUACAAUAUUCACAUAAUAUGGGUUGAUGUCCGUCCAUAGUAACAGUUAACUCUUGUGUCUCUUUCUAUAUGGAUGAAGACUAUAGUGACUCCCAACCUCUCUAUACCUUUGACUGUAAUGGAAGCAACAUUAAUAGAAGUUAUUGAUGAAUAAAAAAAAAGGAAAAAGAAAGAAGAGUAAGACUGUUUAAAUGGAUAAAUUAAUUUGGUAAAUAUGUAAAUAGAAACAAAAAGAAUAAGAAAAAUAUAGAAAAUAGAGAAAAUAUAAAUACUGGAGAAAGAAAGUAUAGUGGAAGAAGACCUUGUUUGCUAUUUAGUAAAUUUAUUUACAUAAAUGGCCUCUCUUCUAUUUAGAUUUUACUGCAAUUGUAUUGCCUGUAAUGAGAUUGAUACGAUAAUUUUAUUUUUUUUAGGUUUUAGAACAUUUCUUGAUGAAGCAGUUAUAGAGCAACUUCAUAGUUAUAGAGCAACUUCAUAGAAAAUUGGCAGCAGAUAUGUAAAAUAUUAAAAAAUUUCAGUUGUGGCUAUUUAUUAUCAUAUGGAGACUUAAUUUUAUGAAGAAUUAUUUUAGGAAUAGGUAAUAACGUGUAGAUAAUUGCCCAUUAUUAUUAGAAUGGGUAUUAACAUUUGAUGUAUACGCAAUUUAAAAAGUAGGCUUUGUAAAGAGUAAAAUCAAUAAAAUAUGUUAAGCAUAUGUAAAGUUCCUCACACUUCUAAGACUACCACUCAGCAAUACCAAUGUGUUUUGUCUUUUGUAUCCCAAACAAAUGUCAAUAUGUGUAAGGGACAAGUGUUUGGAAAUUGAUCUUGAACAAUGCCCUCUGUAUUUGUGCAAGUACUAAGGGGAUUGAACUUGUAUUUUGAUGAGGAUGUUUUCACUAAAUGUUAAUUACUUGGACCUUGGUGUUAUAUAUAUACACACACAUAGUGUUGGUUGAAGUAUAGUGGAAUUAGGAAAAAAAAUGAAGUAAAAAUGCUUUGAAACAAAGAUUGCAUUUGAAGAUAGAAUAUAUUGAAAUAUGAAAUUCUUCACAAUGAUAAUAUCUAUGCUAGAUCAAUUUGCUUUUUAUUAUUGAUAUUUUUUUGUAUUUGAUUGUUGAUUUUUGUGAUGGUGUGUUGUAAUUUCUUUGGAAUGUAAUAUUUCAGUAUAAUUUUUUUUUUUGCAUUUUUAUAGUGAUAUGUAAAAUACAUGGAUGGUAAUAAUUUUGAAUGGUUGUAAAUCCAGAUACUGUUUUUGGCAAUUCAUAUCUGCUUCAAUUCAGUUAUGUAUUGUGCUACAGUAAUAUCAUUCUCAUCAUUGGUAUAAACUGUAAAAUUUCAGGGGAAAACAAUAUGUAGAAAUCAGGUUAUUUGUGAUAUAAUCUCUUGGAUAGUAUAUAAACUGUUAAGCCUCUAUAACUUAAGCUCUAUAUUAUACUGAAUCUUUCAGAAUAAUGCUGCAUAUUAAGAUGAACUUUGCAUAAUGUGUAUAGUGCUAGGGGCAUUUCUCAGAACAGCUAAUUUACACCAAGGAAAGAUGGUGAUACAGUGAUAAGCAAAGAUGAACACAUAUUUGCAGAUAUAUUGCUAAGGUUUGCAUGUACUUAAUUGUAAUUUCAGCUGUGACUUUACAUAUGCCCAAAAUGACUUUGUCAAUGCCUUUCUACUGCUCUGAAGAGUGACUAACUUGGGUGCCUCAGAUUUUUCAAAGUCAUUCUCGAUGAAUGACAAAACAUUGGUGCAAAGAUCACUAUGCAGGCUUUGCUAUUUUCGUUGCCUUCAUGAGUGUGUAAUAUAUAAGCUAACUUUUAAAUACUGCACAACGAUUGUGACAGCUUCUGAAUAUAGGCUGAUAGGUUUUCAUAAAUAUUUGUGAGGAAUUCAGUGCCUGUCCUGUUUAUGUAGGAAAAUGUGUAGACUCUUAUCUAAUGACAUUUUUGCCUUACUGAUGUGUUUUAGCAGUGGGCCCACACUUACAGCUCUCAGGAGGAAAGGAAAUGGGUCUUCAUAAUUCAGGUGAAUUUGUUAAUAAAUGUGUAAAUCAACUCUGACUUAAACUGUGUCUACACUGGCAGUAAGCUGGUGCAAGUUGGCUGAAGCAAGAAGGUCAAGAAUGCUGCAACUUGCAGAUGUAUCUGCACUAUCGAGUGGUGAUGAAAGUGGGCUAAUGUGGGAAGGGUUAACAGUUCAGUUUUUUAGCUGGAACUUUGCAGUUUGAGUGUUUACUUAGUAACAACACAUAAAAGAAAUAAUAAAGGUAAAACUUAUUCCGUUUAUCAAAAAAAAAAAAAUUGUGGUCACAAGAACAAAACGACUCCCACUGGCUUCCACUUGCCUGUGCUUGCUUGUUGCCAGUUUGGAUGUAGCUCUAGAUAGUUAAGUCUAGUAAAUGUACUGUAAUUAAUAUAACUGUUAGUUAAGAUUGGCACAUAAUAUGAAAUGAUAAGUAGUCAUAGUAAGGCUAUAAGUGAUAACAAAUGAACAAUUACAUUGUACUUCAACAUGUUUGUUACCUUUUUUAUGCUCGAAUGUCAGUGGUGGCCUAAGAGCUAAAAACAACUUUCUCAUUAUAUAGCAGUGACACAUGUAUUUGUGGAGCAUUUAAUCAUAGUAUCAUCACAAAGAUUAUUUUUAAGGUUUAGUCAUAUUGCUAUGUCUGUAGUAUCUUUUACUCCAUUUUGUGUACAUUAACUUGCAUCAAUUAGAUGUACUUAUCUGUUGUUGUAAUGGAAUUGUAUCAAUUCAGUGUAAAUUAUGUUUCUAUAUUAGGUAUACUCUUAUGAUAUCAUUAUAUUUAUCCACUGUAGGAAGGAACACUGAUGUCAGAAUUUGAUAUAAAUUGAUUUUUAGGUUCCUGAGAUACUGUUUCAGAGGAUGAAGUAGAUACAGAAAAUAACAAAAGAAGUGUAGUAAUUAGCACUGUGAUUUUUGUAUCGAGCUAAAAGACAGUUCAUACUCUCUAUAUAUUCAGAAUGUACUUAGUUUAUAGUAAUGAUAAGAAACUUAGAUAUACAGGAAGACAUUUUAAUCAUUUAUAUUAAUGAUAGAUAUUCAGUUGAUAGUUAUAUUGGAAUAAUAAUUGGCUCUGUAUUUGAAUGGAUACAUAUCGGAUUGAUUAUGUUUCUGAACCUAUUUCUGAUUAUCCUGAUAAACAGGAAUUGUCAGCUUGAUAUAUGAAGUUGAUGGAAGACUGUUACAUAUGAAUUAGUGUGCUACUGCUGAGGAUGUGAAACAUUAAAGCUAUAUUUAGAAAAUUACACCAAAUUACAGUAUUACUCUAUCUAAAAAUUGUUAUUCACUGGUACUCCUUAUGGCAAAAAGACUGUUACCUUCAACUUCUUUUACCAAAAAGGUUGUUACGUUAGAAUUUUGUUAAUUAUUUGAAUUCUAAAAAGCAAAACUGGUUGUAACUAGAUUCCUAACUAAAUUGUGCCAAAUGUGUAGCUACUUGAUCGUUAUAUAUUUUCCUAUAAUCAUUUGUGUGUAAAGUUUAAGAACAGGGAAUGUUCAAUCAUUCUCACCAAGAUUGCAGUUAGAAUAAAUGCAUUACAUGA